AUGGAAGGUCAGGCCAAGCCAGCAUACUUCGUCAAUGAAGCAUUCAAUCAUGAAGAACACCCGCAUGGGGGAGGCGGAGGUGCAGACAACCUGCAUCGACGGAAGAGCGGUGGCACCACGAAGGAACUUCAAUUGGAUUUGGGUCAGAAGAAGGGUCAGGAUCUGACUGGCAACAGCGGGGACAAUGGCAGCCUACCCAACAUUGAUUUCGAUGACAUACUGCCGCUGAUUGGGGAAUUUGGCAGAUACCAGAAGAUUCUGUUCAUCUGCAUGAUACCCUUCUCGUUCUUCGUGGCCUUUGUGUACUUCUCGCAGAUCUUUCUCACCCUGAUACCCGAACAACAUUGGUGCCAUGUCCCAGAGCUAGAUGGCCUGGAUGUGGAGGCCAGACUGGCGCUUUCUAUACCCAUGAUGAAUGGGGAAUACAACAAUUGUUACAUGUACGAUGUGAACUAUACCGAAAUUAUGGCCCAGGGCAAGGUGAUGGCCGAUCCCCAGUGGCCGAAGGUGAAGUGUCGCCACGGCUGGUCCUACAACUACACGGAAAUACCCUACUCGACGGUGGCCACUGAGCAGAAUUGGGUGUGCGAUGAUGCCGCCCUGCCCACCUAUGCCCAGUCCAUCUUCUUUCUGGGCGCCAUCGUGGGGGGCCUUCUGUUUGGAUGGGUGGCGGAUCGCUACGGGCGCAUUCCGGCACUGAUUGGCACCAAUCUUAUAGGCCUUUUUGCUGGCGUUGGCACUGCCUUUGCCAACAGCUUUUGGGAGUUUGCUGCCAUGCGUUUCUUUGUGGGAUUCGCCUUCGACAAUUGCUUCACUAUGAUGUACAUACUGGUUCUGGAGUACGUGGGUCCCAAGUAUCGAACGUUUGUGGCCAAUAUGUCCAUUGCCAUAUUCUUCACGGGCGCGGCUUGCCUGCUGCCCUGGAUUGCAUACUUUGUGGCCGAUUGGAAGUGGCUAACGAUCGUCACCUCCGCCCCACUGCUGCUGGUUGUCUUCACUCCCCUGAUUGUCCCGGAGUCGGCACGUUGGCUGGUCGCCCAGGGUAAGGUGGACAAGGCCAUAUCGAUACUCAAGAAGCUGGAGCGACGCAACGGACGCCAGGUGCCCGCCCAGACGUAUCAGCACUUUGCCGACAGCUGCCGUCGCAUGCGGGAACAGGAGGCCCAGAAUGGCAGCUACUCCGUCCUGGAUCUGUUCAAGUCCCCCCGCCUCCGCCGCACCACGCUGCUGCUCAUCGUCAUUUGGAUGGCCAUCUCUCUGGUGUUCGACGGACAUGUGAGGAACGUCGGCUCCCUGGGGCUAGAUAUCUUCUUUACCUUCACGGUGGCCUGUUUUACCGAGCUGCCGGCUGAUACUCUCCUCACCGUGACCCUGGAUCGUUUUGGACGUCGCUGGUUGGCCUGUGGCUCCAUGGUGGCCAGUGGUGUUUUCAGUCUGUUGGCUACCGUUGUGCCCGUUGGGGUAUACUCCGCCGCCUUGGCUAUUAUGGGGCGUUUCUUCGUCAAUAUCAGCUACAACAUUGGACUGCAGUGGGCGGCCGAAGUGCUGCCGACAGUCGUGCGUGCCCAGGCCGUGGCUUUCAUCCACAUCAUGGGCUAUGUGGCGAGCAUCAUUGCACCAUUCGUUGUAUACUUGGCCAACAUUUCCCCGGCCCUGCCGCUUAUCAUUCUGGGUUUGCUGGGCAUCUUUGGUGGCCUGUUGUCGCUGUUGCUUCCGGAGACCCUUAAUCACGAUUUGCCACAAACCCUCACUGACGGGGAGGAGUUCGGCAGGGGUCAGAGCAUUUGGGACUUUCCCUGCCUGGCCAAACAGGUGGACGAGGACGAUGAGUCGAGAAGAAACACUGAUGUGGAAGUUCGUUCCCAGGCCUUCGUGAGGGGCACCCAAACAGGAGCCUCGCUCACUGCCUCUACGGGCGGAGAGCUACGCUCGAGCAUAUUGCGCAGAUCGGUGAAAUCGCGCAACUCCACGAAGCUCUAGAGGAUCAGUCAACGUCAAUCCCCUAGCUCUUAGGUAGUCAAAACUCAAUCAAUUGUAGCCUUGCCUUGCAUUUUUAGCAUCGACUAGCCUCUAAGCGUUUUUUUUUUUGAAGACUUUUGUGAUACUAGAAAUAAGAAAUUUCAUGCGCCUCUGAACAAAAAA